ACGUGAUAACACCCGUGGUUCCCCAAAUCCGCAGGAGCUGGCGUGUUUGCUGCCUUCUGCCUCCCCUCCAUUAGCCUCAGCUAUUGGAUUUCCCACCCAGAAUCUUUAGGUAAAUGAGAUCAUGAUUCUGGAAGGAAGUGGUGGGAUGAAUGUCAACCUCAGCAACAACCUCCUCCACCAGCAGCCAGCCUGGACAGACAGCUACUCCACAUGCAAUGUUUCCAGCGGGUUCUUUGGAGGCCAGUGGCAUGAAAUCCACCCUCAGUACUGGACCAAGUACCAGGUGUGGGAGUGGCUCCAGCACCUUCUGGACACCAACCAGCUGGACGCCAGCUGCAUCCCUUUCCAGGAGUUCGACAUCAACGGCGAGCAUCUCUGUAGCAUGAAUUUGCAGGAAUUCACCCGGGCGGCUGGGACAGCGGGACAACUCCUCUACAGCAACCUGCAGCAUCUCAAGUGGAACGGCCAGUGCAGCAGUGACCUGUUCCAGUCCACACAUAAUGUCAUUGUAAAGACAGAACAAACUGACCCUUCGAUCAUAAACACCUGGAAAGAAGAAAACUAUUUAUAUGACACUAACUAUGGCAGCACAGUAGAUUUGUUGGACAGCAAAAGUUUCUGCCGGGCCCAGAUUUCCAUGACAACGACCAGUCACCUUCCUGUUGCAGAGUCACCUGAUAUGAAAAAGGAGCAAGACCACCCUACAAAGUCCCACACCAAAAAGCACAACCCUCGAGGGACUCACUUAUGGGAAUUCAUCCGUGACAUCCUAUUGAACCCAGACAAGAAUCCAGGGUUAAUAAAGUGGGAAGACAGAUCUGAGGGCAUCUUCAGAUUCUUGAAAUCAGAGGCUGUGGCUCAGUUAUGGGGGAAAAAGAAAAACAACAGCAGCAUGACGUAUGAAAAACUUAGCCGCGCUAUGAGAUAUUACUACAAAAGAGAAAUUCUGGAGCGUGUGGAUGGACGAAGACUAGUGUAUAAAUUUGGGAAGAAUGCUCGUGGAUGGAGAGAAAACGAAAACUGAAGCUUCCAACACUUUGAACACAAACCAAAACACACACCAGACAAAUAACAAGUGAAGAACUUCUGGACAUAAAGACAGCUUUUCUCUGAUAUUUAUGUACCAUAAGGAAAGGAAAAGGAAAAAAAAAAAUCUACUUCUAACGGGAAGAAGGAACACUACAGUUGAUAAAAUUAUUUUGUUACUUUGAAGAAUGUUCUGUAUGGGGAACAAAUGUACACAGUGUUCUGUGAAAUAUAAUGCUGUAUGAGGUUGUGAUUUCUUUUUUUUUGCCUCUAUUGUGAGGUUCUUUUCCACUGCAAGAAGAACUGGGUUUGUAACCUGGUGCUUUUUGCUAAGAGAAAGAAAGAAAAAAAAAAAAUCAGAGGGCAUUAAAUUUUUUUUUAUAUGCAAAAUUAUUUAGAAUAAGGUGAUGUAUCCUCGGCACAGAAGCUCCCAUAUGGCUUUGCCAAGAGAGGUGGCAUGGUUGAACUCCAGGAUUUCAAGCUGAGAUCAGAAACCUGAAGGAUGCUGGGAACUAUAACCUGCCCUCUACGAACCAGUGAGUGGAGAAUGGGAACUUCUGAAAUCUAGGGUGAAACUGUAAUCUUCUAUGUAAUCACAUGACUUGCAAUGUGUAAAUCAGUGAGAAGAAUAAUGGUGGGGGGCUUUAUACUCAUUAUGAAAUGAUUUACCUGAUGCCAAGACUAUCCACGCCCCGCCUUGGAUGGUUGGU